AUGUUGCGCCCUGACGUGGAUCAUCCAAAAGCUGAGGCAUUACUUGACAGUAUUUACCACUCACCUCAUCUUCAGAAUGAAUCCAUUAAGGUGGAAGCAACUUCACACAAAUUGGUGACCAAGAAGGUCGUGGCUGACUUCGUUAAGAACAAUCUCAUAUGUUGCUUCGAUGUGCCGGAGUCCAUCAUUAUGGACAACGGAGCCAAUCUAAAUAGCCAUCUGAUGAAAGGCAUUUGCGAGCAGUUCAAAUUAACUCACAGGAACUCAACUGCCUAUAGGCCACAGAUGAAUGGAGCCGUAGAGGCUGCCAGCAAAAACAUCAAGAGAAUCUUGCGGAAGAUGAUCGAUAACUAUAGGAAUUGGCACGAGCAGUUGCCCUAUGCUUUGUUGGGAUACAAAACUAUAACCCGGACAUCUACCGGAGCUACUCCUUACCUCCUUAUUUACGGUACAGAAGCUGUCAUACCUGCAGAAGUAGAAAUUCCCUCACUGAAGAUCAUUCAGGAAGUAGAAUUGAACUAUGCAGAAUGGGUCAGAGCCCGACUUUUUCAACUUGGACAACUCGUGCUCAAGCGAGUCUUCCCUCAUCAAGAUGAAUACAAAGGCAAAUUUGCACCAAAUUGGCAAGGGCCAUACAUGGUCCGAAAAGUGCUUUCAGGAGGAGCCGUAGUCCUAGCCGAGAUGGAUAGACAAGAAUGGCCCAAAGCUAUCAAUGCAGACGCACUCAAGAGAUACUACGUCUAA